AUGGCAUCAGCGCUGGCAUGGAGGACAAAGCACCUCACUGAGAGGAGGAUCCUCUGGGAGGGGAGCGAUGAAGCCUUUCGCCCCUUAACAGCCUUGGGGACCCCCAGGGCGGGUGGGGACCUUGGGGAAUCCUCCAGCCCCAGCGAGGCUCAUCUCUGGGCUUCCUCCAGCCCGCCCUUGGCAACCUCCAGGAGCCAGCCGGGACCGCCCAGCCCCUGCAGGAGCCCCGACUCCUCUGGGACCCGCCGCCUCUCACCCUUGUGUCGCCCCCGCACCGUGUCCCUCGGUGCUGGGAGAGGUGGGGCCGUGGCCCCCGAGCGCAAAGGAGUUAACAGGACUUUCUGCCUUCUUCCCGCCCGCGCCUCCUCCACCCUCCUCGUUACCUGCGCCUUCUCCCCGCCGGAGCCGCGGCGGAGGGGCGGGAGAGGCGGAGGGGCCGGCGGGGCCCUUCCUGCCCGCCCGGCGGGGGCCGUGUGCGGGGAGGGGAGCGGCAGCGCGGUGCGUACCGAGCGCCCGCCCGUGUCCCCGUCGCCGGUGGGUGGGUGGGGAGCGAGCGAGCGAACGGGGGGAAGGCGGGCAGAGCGGGGUGUGCUGCACCGCCAGCCCCGGCAGGGAUGCGGCAUGGCCGUGGGCUCCGUGAAGAUGCCGUCGCCUUGUGAAGGCGGGGAGCUGGCCCGUAGCUGGAACCCCGGCGGCGGAACCCCGGACCCGGUGCAGCCGGUGCAGCUGCGGCAGAAGCUGCGGGAGCUGCCGGCGCUGCUGAGGAGCGGGCUGACGCUGCGGAGGAAGAGCGCUGCCGGCCGGACCCUGUCCAGAAGAAUUUCAAAUCCCUAUUUGGAAACUCCUUCAAACAAGAUUUAUGGAGAAAGUUCUUCUUGUGCUGGGAGAGCUCUCAGGAAUAUUUUCACUCUACAGGCGUCUGACCUGAUUAAAGACAGGGUGUACCUUACUGGCAUUUGCAGGAGAAGCUGUGUUGGGUCGGAACUGGUGGACUGGCUUUUGGAGCAGUGCCCUUUUGUUAAGUGCAGAUCUACAGCAGUUGGAGUCUGGCAGCUCCUCCUGGAUAUGGGCAUUAUAUUGUCAGUGGACAGACAACUCUAUUUCCAAGACAGUUACACUUUCUACCAGUUCUCGGCAGAUGAAUGUACCUACCUUUUCUGUGAAUUUGAGAAAGAGGAAGGAUGGAAGAAUGGAGUAAAGCUCCUGCUUCAACUGCUGCCAUUGUCUCCUCCCAGGAUUGACAUGUGUAAUCUGCCCGAUCAAAAAAUAGAAGACACGGCAGAGACCAAUGCUGAGAUUCUUGCUCGUCUCACUUCUGCGGUACAGAGAGAACUGGCUGCUGUCAUUGCCUUGAAAGCAAGGAAGUCAGCAAUUCAUCAAAAUGAAGAAAACAGCAGUCAAGAAAUAAGAGGACUAGAAGAGCUCAAGGAUACCUCUGAUGCUCAGGCAGGGGUUUUGUGCAAACUCCAGGGGAGAGAUGACAUGGGACGGAUCGAGCUGGUCCAGAAGCUGGCGAGAGAAAACUGCCAGUUUUUGCAGGCGGACAGAAAACCGCUGGAGAAGGCAGAACAAGCGGACGAUGGAGGCGGCGGCGAUGGGGUGCGGGAGGAGGCCGGCGCAGCGCUGGUGCUGCGGAAGGUGUGGUCACGCAGCCCGGCCCCCGAGCGGCGCGGGAGAUACGUGGUGGUGUCGGGGACGCCGGAGAAGAUUUUGGAGCAUCUCCUCAGCGACCUGCACCUGGAAGCCGCCCAGGACAAAGAGACGGAAACUCUCCUGGAUGACUUCCUUCUCACGUACACAGUCUUCAUGACGACUGAUGACUUGUGCCAGGCACUUCUGAGGCACUAUUGUGCCAAGAACCACCAAGGGAAAGAAGAUGACUCUGAUGUGUCCUGUAGGAAACGAAAAGUCUUGCAUUUGGUGUCUCAGUGGACUUCUCUGUACAAAGACUGGUUACAUGAAGACGAGCAUUUAAAACAAUUUUUAAAGACGAUAUACAGGAAUGUGUUAGAUGAUGUGUAUGAAUAUCCCAUUCUUGAGAAGGACCUGAAAGAAUUUCAGAAGAUACUUGGGAUGCAUCGUCGUCACACUGUAGAUGAAUAUUCACCUCACCGAAAGAACAAAACCUUUUUCCACCAGUUCAGUCUGAAGGAGAACUGGCUGCAGCACAGAGGAACCAUGAAUGAAACAGAAGAAAUUUUCUGCCGUGUGUAUAUAACGGAGCACUCCUACGUCAGUGUGAAAGCUCAAGUGUCCACUUCAGCUCAGGAGAUCCUGAAGAUUGUAGCAGAAAAGAUCCAGUACCCGGAGGAGGAGUUGGCGCUGGUGACGGUGGCGUUCUCUGGUGAAAAACAUGAACUACAACCAAAUGACUUGGCUAUCUCAAAAUCCUUUGAGUCAUCCAGUCGUAUGUUUGUCUACCGAAAAGAUCUGACUGAUUCUUUGAGCCCAUUUGCUGAAAAUGAGGAGUUGCAGCAAAGGUCUGUGAGAAUUUUGGGAAUCAACACCUGGGAUCUUGCCUUAGAACUAACAAACUUUGACUGGAGCCUCUUCAAUGCAAUUCAUGAGCAAGAGCUGAUAUACUUCACGUUCAGCAGACAGGGCAGCGCUGAAAACACCGAGAAUCUCAGUCUUCUGCUUCAAAGAUGCAACGAGGUCCAGCUUUGGGUUGCCACUGAGAUACUCCUCUGCAGCCAGCUCUGCAAACGUGUACAACUAGUCAAAAAGUUCAUCAAGAUUGCUGCCCACUGUAAAGCCCAAAGAAAUCUGAAUUCAUUCUUUGCUAUUGUUAUGGGUCUCAACACUGCAUCCGUCAGCCGGCUGUCUCAGACCUGGGAGAAAAUUCCUGGGAAGUUCAAGAAACUUUUCACUGAACUUGAAAGUUUGACGGACCCUUCUCUGAAUCACAAAGCUUACAGAGAUGCGUUCAAGAAAAUGAAAUCUCCAAAAAUCCCUUUCAUGCCCUUACUUCUGAAAGAUGUAACAUUCAUUCAUGAAGGAAAUAAAACUUUUCUGGAUAACCUUGUUAAUUUUGAAAAGCUGCACAUGAUUGCAGAUACUGUUCGGUCACUGAGACAUUGCAGAAAUAACCAGUUUGGCAAUGAAGUUCCUUCAAAAGAGCAUCAUGAGCUGAAGCCAUACGUCCAUCACCUGCAUGUCAUCGACAACCAGCAAGCUCUCUUUGAGCUUUCUCACAGGAUAGAGCCGCGCGUGUGAGCGUACACAGCUUCCUAUAACCUUGUAACUGCAGCACUUUGAAUUAAGUGAAUGUUUAUGCCAAGCAUGUUGCUUCCCUAUAUAAGAACGGUUUACUGAGUUUUAUCAGUAGCUCACACAACAUGCGCAGGAAAAUCAGGCACGAGCCAGCAAAGGAGCUGCUCCCAGAGUGACAGGGCAAGCUUGGUGCCAUCCCCGCUGGUCACCGGGACGGGAGGGAGCGGAGCAGCAUCCUUUGAGCUCGGGAGCUUGGUUUCUGUGAAAAUAUAGUUUGGUCCAGUGUAGCUUUCAACGCAGAUUCUGCCAGUAUUAGUAUGAAAGGAAUCGUCGUGUCACCGCCGCAGAACAUUUCAGCAAGCAACGUGCCGCAAAGGGAUUGAUGGCACCUCUCCAGUCCAAGGGUGCCAAAACCACUCUGCAACCCGUGCAGCUCCCCUGAGUCGACUGGAGCAUCGUACACCUGAGCUAAGUGCAGACCACCAAGAAUGGGAAUAUAAAAAAAGACAGAGCACCAGGUGAAACUCAAGAGCGCGUCGUGAUGCAGAGGUCAGCAGUGAACAGCCCACGCUGUUGUGGUCCCUUAGGAAUCUGCUUUAUAAAACACACCGUAAGAGCCAGUCCACCUUUGUUGCAAUUUAUGGACACAAUUGUUUGUACACUGAAAACGUGUUAUUUUCUUCCUUCUCAGUUUUCCCAGAUUUAGCACCAGCUCCUGCGGUUAACGUGGUAUAAAUUAUUAUAGCGGGAGCUUUGUUUUCUGCUUGGAUUACGGCCUCCUUGGUGUCUAUUCAGAAGGUAAUGCCUCGACCCACCCACAUUCCUAACUAACCUACUGGAAAUACCGUUUCAGCAGGUAAAACUUCACCUAACUUCCACACACGCUUCUAAUUUUUAAAGAGUGAAAGGUUACACCUUCCAGGGUGCCAGUGUGAUUACCUGAGCACACACCGUCCCCACAGCAUCAGGGUCCCUUCCCAGCUUCUGUCCCUCUCACACCCCUCCCCGAACCAUGCUCAUGCAGCUGUCAGUACGACUUCUGGGCAUGUACUGAAGCAGCAUUUUUUUAAAGUCUUAUCUACAGUUGACCUGCAUCUGAGCACCACCAUCACCAUGGCUCUCCGUGCUUAGAAGUUGCCCCGAAAUAAUCUGGUGAAUGCCACAGGCGAUGUGCAGUGUUGCUACACGGUUUGGGACGUGUUUGUGCAUUGGCUGGAGGUAAAGGUCCCUUUGCAGAGCAGGGAGGAUACAUUCCUUUGCUUGCCCAUCUCUAUUAUGUGUUUUCCACGUGAGGAAGACCUCCAGGAAAAUGCUCCUUUACUGAAGUGUGGGAAUACUGAAGUAGCAUGCUCUUCAUCAUUGUGUUAUCUCUCGUUUAAAGGGAUUUAAAAAAAAAAAAAGCAGCUUUAACAAGUAGUCUGUGGGGGAAUCUGUAGACUGCAUUCCGUUUUCCCAUCUGUGAAAUAUUGUAUAGAUCUAUUGUAAAGGAAACAGAUGUUUCAGAAAUGUAUUUGCUUGUACUUUGUUAUUAUCAAAUGCUAUAUGAUUUUUUUUUUUUUUUAAGAAAAAAAAUCUUCUUUUUACCCAGUAAAAAGAAAAAAAAAAUAAACUCUUGCUGGCCAUGGAGUAAAAAUUUCCUAUGUUCUUCUGUAGAUGUGACUGCACAUAUUGUAAAUAACUCUUUUGUGCAAACAGACCAAAACUGUUCAGAUGAGGAUACUGGCUGCAGUGGGCUCUUUUUUUGCAGUGUAAGAACAUAAACCAGAUACAAUUUGCUGCUUGUGUUAUUGCAGUUCUUCCUCUGGCUCCAGCGCUCCCCACAUCCCCAUCCCUAGCACCUUACCUGGGUGCUUUGCUGGGUUUUGAGCUCCCCCUUGUGAAAUCUUUUUUUUUACUCUGGCAUUAUUUUUAGGAGCCUGUACGUAGACCAGCCUGCAUGCUUUUAGCUCGUGUGGUGUAGCACUCUGGUCCACAAAUUGUUCUCUUUAAAUCUGUGGGAGAGGGAGCAGAAGAAAGUAUUCAGGGUGAGAAAAAAGUGGGGCUAUUUCUACUGUGUUUGGCUCUGUGAUAGUUUUGGUAGUUAAUGCUGAUGAAGCAGCAGUGGUGCCAGAGAAGAAUAAAAGAGAAGGAAAUGAAAAAAGGGGAAGAAAGAACGAAAGAGGAAAAAAAACCCAAACAACCCCAAAAAACAACCCCUCAAAAAAAACAGAAGAAGGAUGACUCUGUGCUCAGGCUUUGAUCUGAAAAGAGCCACCUUGCUCUGCCAGUUUGAAAUGGUUGAAGGAAAUGGUUGGGUUAACCUGUACCAGUAGGAUUCAAGCUACCUGAGCCGUGGGGCUCUCUGCACCGCUGUAACUUUAUACUAAAUGUGGUGUUGCCUACCCCUUGCAGCUGGCAUAAACUCAGUCUGAGGGCAUGUAGCCAGCAUUAAUCUCAUUAUCUGUAUCGUGGCUAAUUAGACUGCUGUUUAAAACUUUACAAACGACUUUUCGUGGUGGCCUGUAUAAUUAGGAUAUAAAUUUCUGGUCAGAGGGGCCAUUUCAUAUUGAAAAACAUGGAUAUUGUAACUGUUACCGUAAAGGAAAAGCAAAUAGUCCAAAUCUGUAGCUUAUAUGUCUAAUUAAAAAAAAAAAAAAAAAAGCCCAUUAGUCUUUUUUCAACAGGUGAAGCGUUGCAGAGCUGGGCUGCAGACUGGUAAGCAGUUGGAAGGUGUGGUGGUUGGGAGGAGAACUAGAAGUAAGCCUGGUGAAGGAGAGGGGAACACUACACAGCCUCUGCCAGGGUCUGGCACUAGGGAGAUUGUGUGAUUUUUUUUUUUUUAAAUCCUUCAAUAGCGCAAUUACGUUACGUAGGAUAAAAUCCAUGAAUCUUGUAAGUUCAGUUUAUCACAGUCACACCUCUGUAUAUUUUCUUUAGUAGCUAGGAGGAGGAAUUAGACAACACAAAGGAAAAAGCUGGGUCGCUUUAUACCUCUUUGAUGUGGGAUUUUGUUGCAUCAAAUUUAGAUGUUUCUAUGACACAUCUUUUUGAUUCCAGCCCCGCCUCAGAUGGAAAUAAAUUGCAUUUACAUGACAGUGGCAAAAAAAAAAAAAAAGGUGUUAUCUGAAAUAAUAAGACAUACGCUGCUGUAAAAUUUCAAAGAAAGAUGUAAAUACUAAACAUUUUAGCAGAGUAAUAUUUAUUUGCAUAGCCUAUUUAUUGUCAUCUUAUUACACUGUUAAAAAUACUGGGAUGAAGUCAAUGAGCUGAGGUAAGAACACCUGCCUGUUCCGUUCUCUCUGAGUGCCAUAAUGCUGUCAGCUUGCAUUAAAAGUAAUAAAAUAGAAAACCCCAAAUCAAGGUAUUUACCUAACUUCUCAGGGACUACAGCGAGUAGUUAUCCACCGUUUUGAGACCUGGUAUGUAUGAAAUAAUCUGAUUUACCAGAAUCAAUGUUGCCAAUGUUUUCCUUUUCGUAUUUCAUGCUUGUCUGCCUCUGUACAUAUUGUGUUGUGUAUUUAUGAGAGCUAGUAAGCAAUAAUUUAUAUGUCAAAAUGGCCAAGCAAUACAAGGUUAAAACUUGUAGAAGCAACUGUUACAUUUAUCUUGCAUUUUCCAGUGUUUUUUAAUAUUGCUUUUCAAAAUAUAAAAACUACCUUAAUGAA